UCUGCCACUGCUACUUUGGCUGUGGAGGAUUACUUCAAGCAGAAGUCUGCCAGAAGCUCAACUGCUUUGGCCAUGACUUUGAACAACACCAUCUUGUUGGACUCCCACGGACGUGUCGGUUCCAUUGUUGCUAACAGACAAUUCCAAUUCGAUGGUCCACCACCACAAGCCGGUGCCAUCUACGCUGCUGGUUGGGCCAUCAGCACCGAUGGUAACUUGAUGAUUGGUGACAAUGACAUCUUCUACCAAUGUUUGUCCGGUACUUUCUACAACUUGUACGACGAGUCUUUGGGUGAACAUUGUCAACCAGUUUACUUGCAA